UGUGCUCCUUGUUGACCUUAAUGAGCUGCACUGCAUUCUGAAAAAUGCAAGGAGCUAGCUAGCUAGCUAGCCAGGCAUGAGAUAAAUGUGAAUUAUCUGAAGAUGGAUCGAGUUGAAUUGGUUGGUGGAAAAAGGAGAAGUGGUCCACUGAGAACGAUCCCGAGUCUGCUUUGAUGAAACUGCAAGCAAAAGUAGGUAAGAAGGGGAGUGCUGCUCUGCAGUAGAAGUAGAACUCAACAGAGUGAAAGAAAAAGAAGAAAGCAAAUGAAAAGAUUGAAUUAUUCGGGUCAUUGUGUUAGAGUUCUUUGUUUGAAUUUUAUGAAUCAGAAAUGAAAAACUCAUGUCGACGCUGAGACGGUUCAUGAUUUCCUCCAGAUUGCACAGAACAGAGCAAGGUCAUCAAUCAAACAAAGUGGGCGGUCAGGGGUUUUCAUUGAUUGAUUCUCCCCAUUGUCAUGUUGGAGAUAGGUAACAAACGCACUCUAACUAAAGCUUUCGUAUCGCCUCCAAACUGUCUAUUAUAUGCCACCAAUGGAGCCACCCUCGUGCCCAAAAGCUUUAACCACCACCCGAUGUCCUCGCCCUCAUGAGCUGUAUAAGAGAAGAAAAUAGAGAGUUAAGAGAGAUGCUGGGGACAAAAGACCUGAUUUUGGAGAGGUUAUUGCGGCAAAGAUUGCUUUUUGGGAGAGGUUAUUCGCCAUUAUUGCAGCAAAAAUGACGAGGAAGAAAAGGAGAGUAGGCAGCUGCUUUCCAGGUGUUGUUGUCACCAGUGGAAUCUUCUGCAACUCGAGCCAUUUCUAGGGUUCCAGAUUGGGAGUUUGCUCGGCGCCCGCGCCAUACGAGUGCAGUCAAGGUUAAGAGUUGAUCAUGAGAAAAUUUUGAUAAUGUGUCGAAGGGAGCAUCAGUAGAAGAUGGUAGGAGUAUUGCAGUUCUUCGAUUUCGGUCAAACCAGCUCCUCCCGCAAGUUGCUGGCACUCAAUCGACACAAUAGUGGUCUUGAACCUCCUAGAAAUAGCUUAGAGGUUCCUCCUAUGAAUACUUAUCAUAAUUUUCAACUGGUUCAUGAAGACAUUCAAUGCUCAGGUUACUAUAAAGAGGACAUUUGCCAACAAUCUCACACCAAAAAAUUGAUUGCUGUUGAAAGGCUCCACAGAACAAAGGAUCAGCAUAAUAGACCCAGUGUUGUGGCUCGAUUAAUGGGAAUGGAGUCACUGCCUUCAGACACCAAGCCUACUAUACAUCCGAAAGAGUUAAAUGAUCAUAAAAGGCUGAGAAAGAAAGCCAACUUUGUUUCUUCAAGUCGACAACCAUCAUUUAUGACCAAGCCAAUUGAACAUCCAAAAAAUUUGUUUCCUUGUGACAUCAAGCGAGAUUUCAAUCCACAUUCAGGGAUCUAUGAGAUUGAUAAGCCACUGCCACGAGAACAUCCUCAGGAGGAGUUGUUGCAGAAAUUCAAAAAGGAAUUUGAGGCAUGGCAAGCAUCUAAGGUACAGGAACUCAAACAUGAUCCUCUACAUAGGAGAUAUAUGAAUACUCUUUCACAAGGCAGUCUCAACAAUGAGAAAGUGUCUCAGUAUCAUGUUCCAUCAGCUAGAUCAGUCAUAGAUCAUGAUGAGCAAGCGAAUUUUUUGGAGUAUGAGGAGUCUGUGAGUAAUAUCGAUGAUAAUGGGGCGACAAAACACGAUGCUAGCACCACUGUGUUUGAUUAUGGGCAAAGUAUGUGUGUUUCACCAGGAAGGAUAGUGAUUCUCAAACCUAAUCUUGAAGUGAAUGAUGGCAUUGAGGAGUCCUGCUUAUGUUCACCAUUGAUGUUAAAGAAACAAACGAAUAUGCACGAUUUUCUUGAACAGGUAAAGGAAAGACUCAUUGUAGAAAUGCAAGGAAAGCCAAGAGCUGAGAUCACAACUAGGUGGACUGAACACGAGAUUUUUGUCAGCGAAGCAUUGGCUGAUUCUGAGCAGAUUUCAUCAAAAACAUUCAAACGAAACGGAGGACCGGUUUCUACAGGUGAUAAGAUUGCCACGGUGCAAACAAAAUCAACAAGUUCAUACAGAAAUGAAAUCCAAUUCAGAGGAAAGAGUUCACCAGGGUUUAUUAGCAUGAAUGCUACAAAACCAUCAGAGAAAAUGGAGGAUGUUUUGAAGGAUGAAACAGACAGAGAUAGCAUUUUGAUUUUUCGACAAAAGCCUAUUACAUAUCUUUCAAACAAAGAAGUAGAAAAAGAAACAUUCAGUACAAUGCACCAUUUUCUGAACCAGGAAAAUGCCAAUUUAAGUUACUUGGAGAAAAGGAAAGCCCUUAAUGUGUCAAAAUCUUUUAGGCGUGACCAGACACAUGCAUUCGAUGAUGAGAGUGAGUCACCAAAGAACCUCAUAAGGUCAUAUUCAGCUCCUGUUUCAGGAACUGAAUUCAGGAAACUUCUUUUAGAGGACAAGAAUGUAUUGACAGCGGCACACAUCCAUCGGACGCAUGAAACAUCUGAUAACAACAUAAUUGAACAAAGGAAGGCAAAGAAAGAUGGUUUUAACAUUAGGAACAGAGUUUCAAGUUUGAGGCAGAACCUCAUGCUGAAAAGUAAGAUUUUUGGGAAAAGGAGACAACUAAUGGAUCAAUCACUGGAAGACGAAAUAUUUUUCAUGACAGCCAUCGAAACCACACCAUCUGUUCUUAUGAACAUAGCCUUUGAACAGGAUAACUCCACUGAGGUGCCUCCAAGCCCAGCAUCAGUGUGCAGCAGCUCCUAUGAUGAGAUCUGUAGGCCUUACUAUCCGAGUCCAGUAUCUCCAUUGGAGGCGCUUUUCGAUGAAGAUUUUCCAUCCCUACCUCCCUAUGAAGAACUAGAUUCCGAUCGUCAGGAUACUAGUUAUCUUUUUCCAGAGUCAAAUUUUUCAGAAGAAGUUGAGUAUGAUGGAUCAACAGAAGCAAAAGGUGAGACAAAACAAACAAAAAAUGAAUUUCAGGAGUUUGAGUGCACUGCCAAAGCUUAUGUAAGAAAUAUCCUCUUCACCUCUGGCCUGUUUGAGAAAAACCACUCUGAUCAAGCACUUUGGGAAUGGGGCACUCCAAGAAAACCCAUUUCCAUGCUAGUUUUUGAGGAAGUUGAAGAAACAUAUCAAAUCAGCUGCAACAUGGACAGUAGCACAUCCCUCCUAAAUGGUGGCAACACUGAGGUAAGUCACAGAAUCCUAUUCGAUCUACUGAAUGAGGCAUUGAUGAGGGCAGUCCAGAAUUCAAAGCCUGAUUCGGCAUUCAAGAAGUGGGAUAUCGGCAAAACGAGGUUACCACAUGGGAAUGAACUGUUGGAGACUUUGUGGCAACAGAUUCAAUUGAACAUAUGUCCACCUGAAGAUGAGCUAUGCUCUAUACUGAGCAUGGUGGCUAGGGAUCUGAGCACUAGCUGGUCCAGUAUGUUACAUGAAGACCUUGAUAUAAUCUGCGCGGACAUGGAGUCCCUGAUUAUAGAGAAUUUGACUGAUGAGCUUGUCGACAACUUGGGUUUUAGCUGUGUUCAGUGUUAUUAGUAUGAUUUAUUUGAAUUUUCCAACCAUUCUUGGGUACUUGUGCUUGGGGACUCACAUUACUCAACCAAGUUACAGUGUUGUCUAUUUUUAUUGGUUUUUUUUCUUUUAGUUCUUGUUUUGAAACAAAGUGUGGAUAAUGUAUUCUUGCUAUAUAGUGGAAUAAGAAUAAUAAGUAUAACAUUGUGAUGAAAA